GGUAUCACUCGAUUUCCAACGCCCUUUUCGCCAUGUUCCGUUUCACUAGAACGCUGCUGAUGCAACUGCAACUGUUGCUGCUGGCGGUGUUGCUGCUGCUGGAGGUUGUGCCCGGCCGUGCCCAUCCACCCGCAACCACUGCGAUGCCGGCGGCUCUAAUGGAUGCAUCCGGCAGUGCCUAUGACAGCAAAUUCGACAAUGUGGACAUCGAUGAGAUAUUGAGCCAGGAGCGUUUACUCAACAACUAUAUCAAGUGCCUGGAGAGUCAAGGACCCUGUACACCCGAUGCCAAAAUGUUAAAGGACAUCCUGCCCGAUGCGAUGAUGACGGACUGCGCCAAGUGCACCGAGAAGCAAAAAUAUGGCGCCGAUAAGGUAACCCGUCAUCUCAUUGACAAUCGUCCCGAGGACUGGCUGCGUCUGGAGAAGAUCUACGAUCCGCAAGCUACCUAUCGCAUCAAGUAUGAGGCAAGCAAAACAGCCAAUGGAGAAAAUCCUAACAUGCAAGUGGAUGCUACAAAUCAGGCUGAGGGCGAUUCCUAAAUUCGAUUACACAUAAUCAAGAAAUAUUUAAACCCAAAUCUAUAUUGAACUAUAUCAAUUGAUGCAUAUAUACAUAACUAUAUCUAUACAUAUGUAUAUAUAUCUACACACACGUUUCUUUGCACAUCACGAAUAAAGCUAUAUCCGCAUUAGCAAUAGUA